UGCACGGUAACACUUUUUGCAAAAAUAAUUAAAAACAAAACAAAGUGAUCGAUUUAGCAACAGACGCAGCCAGCCCAGAAAGCGCCAAAACUUCCUUACUCUUUGUCUGCCAGACAACGCGCGUGCUGCCCCAGCUGCCAGCCGACAUCCGCUGUCACACGGAUCCCCAUCUCGCGACAUUUAAUACAAUUUAUAAACAACGAAGAUGGGUUUGAAAAAGGCCCUGGACGAUUGCCUGAUUGAUUUUGAUUGUCGCGUGAUGAUCACGGACCUGCUGGAGGAGUACAAGCUAUCCUACAAGGAGGUAAAUGACACAUUGGAGGCGUACAUCAAGGACCAGGAGCCAGCAACGAAAUUCGAGAAGCGAUUCCUGGUGCACGGCACGGGGCUGACAAAUGGCGCAAACGAUGAGUUCUACACGAUUGUGCAGGAGAGCAAGCUGGAGGAUUGGCGCAAAAAGCUGAGGGAUGCGCAGUGGCAGCUUUACAGCGUGGAGAUUGCAGGGGGCUCCAAGUCGCCGGCGACUGUAUUCCGGCCCAUGCAGCACCUGGAGGUGAAGCUGGCCGGCGUCGAGAGGCGCGCUGGCACCAGAAUUGCUGUGGACAGGGCCACGAACGGUGUGCAGAACGCAGGGCCAUCCACCAAUGCUGUUCCGAGGGCAGCUGCGGCCAUGAAUGGCGGCUCCAAGACUACGAAUGGAGUAAAAUCAGAGCCUUCCGCAAAGCCUUCCAGCAGCAAGGAAAACUCUGAAACCGAGACAAAGAAGACAUCGCCCAAGGAGCAGGCAUCAAAGGGCAAACCAGCAAAGAAGGGCAGCAUCAAUAGUUUCUUUUCAGCAACAGCAGCAGCAGCAGGGGCUCCUGCAGCCGGCAGCAAAUCCAAAGAAGUGAAAGCCACGCCCAGCAAAGCCAACACAAUGGACAAUUUCUUCAAGAAGCAACCAGCAGGAGGAGCAGCUGCCACAGCAGUCAAGAAGCAGUCCCCUGAGAGUCAGGCCAAGAAGUCCCCUGAAAGCCAGCCCAAGAAAUCCCCUGAGAGUCAGGCCAAGAAGUCCCCUCCCAUGCAGACAAAGAAGGAAUCCACAGCCAACACGUCCAUUCAACUGUUUGCCGAAGAGAGUGCCGAAUCCUCCGAUGAGGAGGAGAAACUGGACAAAAUACGACGCAAAGUAAUGGCCUCGGACAACGAGUCCGAUCAGGAGAAACCCGCCACCAGCAAGCGUCGUCGCAUCAGCGACUCGGAGGACGAUGAGCAGCAGCCCACCAAGAAGACCGCCGAAGAGGAAGUCAUCGCAGUGGAUGAUGAAAUGGAGACGGAACCCUCCAAUGACACCUUUAUGGAUGACGACGGCUUUGUCGUCACUCAGCGGAAGCCCACGAAGCCAUCAAAGGCUCCAGCUGCCAAAAAGAAGGGUUCGCCUUCAGAUUCGGCUGCAGCGGCCAAGAAGAAAUCGCCGCCAGCGUCGGCCAAAGUCAGCAAGGAAGCAUCCAAAUCGAAGCAGGGAAAUAUCAUGAGUUUCUUUACCAAAAAGUGAAUUGGGGGAGGGGAAUAUUUAUACUGGAAUAAAUCCUAAAGAAUGAAUAUAUUUUGCUUAGUUUUUAAGAAAAUUUAUGGAUUGUGAAUGAAUUUUAUAUCCGCUAGCAAAAGCUAUUAUUAAUCUUUGGAAAAUUUGAAUAGGCCUAUUGCCUGGCUAAAAUUUGCUCUGUUAAUUAUACACCUUAUCCAUUAAAAUAUAUUUAUGCUAUUCUUUUCUGUCAAUAUCUGAAAAUGUUAUUUUUGAGAGCUUGAAUUUAAAAAAAUAAAUUAUUAAAC